AUGUUUGGAAACUGGUUGCCCUACUGGGUCAGGAUUCUCGUCUGCCUUCAACGCAUCUUCACAAGCAAAGACAGUACAGGCGUCUCGCACUACUAUGCUCUCUUCAAUCUCGUGUCAGCAACCGAACAGUUCAUGUUCGGGCUCAUCUACAUUGUCGAAUCUAACCAACCCGGCAAUUUCAUCGACGAGCCACGCAGCCUGGGCGACUGGCUCAAUCUGGUCCAAUUCGCUGUUGUCUGGCUAAUGUUUUUGCUGCUGAGCAGAGCUGGUGUGAUUGCACUCUAUGCUCUGUUCCUCCUCGUCUCCUUGGUGCCGGUCAUCUUGCAGAUCAUUACCGGCGAUCUAGCGAUGGAUCGGGGUGAUUUCGGCUGGAUCUUCGGCGGCUUGCACAUCAUGAUGAUCGGCCCCAUCGUCACAAUUCUGGGCCUUUGUGCGCUGUUCGCCCAGAUGCGGCACAUGGCCCACGGGGGUGCUCUAAGCAUCGUGGGCCUCGCUGUUCAGGCCUUUAUUUUCUUCGCCGUCGCCCUGUCCUGGUUGGUCCGGAUCUAUUUUCCCGUCUCAAUAGAAUUUGACCGGAUUAACCUCCACUUUUUACUUGACUGGUAUCGAUUCAUGGGGUGGGCGGCCGUGGACAAUAUCGUGUUUGCCUUCGUGCAGUUCGUGCUGCUGUGCCUGGCCACUAAGGGAUCCAGGAGGGCACGAAGAGUGGACGAAACCCUUAGUCCAGGCGAGCAGGAGCCUCUACUGGGCGGUCAAUGA